AAGUCGUCAGGCAUUGGCUAAAAUCAGUUGUGCCUACUGGUUACGUUUUAGGCGUCUUGAUUCGACUGCACAUUGCAUUUCUUCGGUUUUAAAGUCCCAAAGCGUUUUUGGUCUUUCUCAGCCGAUCGAAUUUCAAGAUGCAGAAGCUUUCCAAGGAAGAAACUGUCGCCCUGAGGGAGAAACACAUAGGAAAAUCAUGUCAAUUGUUUUUCCGGAAAGAUCCACUUAAGAUUGUAAGGGCUAAAGGCCAGUAUAUGUACGACGAAAAGGACGACGCAUAUCUUGACUGCAUCAACAAUGUAGCCCACGUUGGUCAUUGCCAUCCUGCUGUGGUCCAAGCCGCCUUCGAGCAGAUGGGAAUCCUAAACACCAACAACCGUUUCCUCCACGACAACAUCGUCUUGUGCGCCCAGAAAAUCGUAGGGACCAUGCCGGAGAAGCUCAAGGUUUGCUACUUUGUGAAUUCUGGCUCGGAAGCCAACGACCUGGCUCUCCGCUUGGCUCAAAUUUACACAGGAAAUAGGGAUAUCAUAGCAUUGGAGCAUGCUUACCACGGCCACUUGACCUCUUUGAUUGAUAUUUCUCACUACAAAUUUAACCUUCCCGGAGGAGUGGGCAAGAAGGACCAUGUUCAUGUGACAUCCCUGCCAGAUAUUUACCGAGGCAAGUACCGGGACACCGAGUACAAGAAGGAAGAGACAGGCACGCUCUACGCCAAAGAAGUCAAAGACAUAUGCGACAAGAUUCGGUCCGAGAGCGGAAAGGGCGUUUGCGCCUUCAUCGCCGAGAGCCUGAUCAGCUGCGGGGGCCAGGUGAUUCCCCCGGAGAACUACUUCAAGGAAGUGUACAAGCACGUCAGAGCAGCCGGAGGGAUUUGUAUAGCUGACGAAGUCCAGGUCGGUUUUGGAAGGAUCGGGAAGAACUGGUGGGCCUUCCAGCAGUACGACGUCGAGCCGGACAUCGUGACCAUGGGCAAACCCAUGGGCAACGGCCAUCCGGUGGCCUGCGUGGUCACCACGCAGGAGAUCGCCGACAGUUUUAUGAAAACAGGAGUGGAGUAUUUCAAUACGUACGGCGGCAACCCAGUAUCUUGUGCCGUUGCCAACGCGGUUUUCGACGUUAUAGAACGGGAAAACCUGCGUGAACACGCUUUGGUAGUUGGAGAGUACCUGUUGGACAGUUGCCACAUUCUAGCGAAGAAGCACAAAUGCAUUGGAGAUGUGCGCGGUAUGGGUUUAUUUGUCGGAAUCGACAUUGUUCAAGACAGAGACACCAGGACGCCGGAUAAAGAGUGCGCUCAGUACGCGCAUCGAAGGUUGCGUGAGGAGCACAUUUUGAUCAGCGUCGAUGGGCCGUACAAUAACAUCAUUAAAAUCAAGCCUCCUAUGAUAUUCACGAAAGAGAAUGUCGAUGAAGUGAUCUCCACUUUAGACAGGGCGUUUAAAGAGUACCGACAUAACAAAGAAAUGUAUGCUGUUAACUCAUCGACUAAGCAGCAGAAGCCAACCGACGUGUCCAGCAAAGAACACAGGCCUAGAAAGGCCUUGUCCGAGACCCAGAUUAAGUCUAUUUAAAUUUAUUAUUUAAUUUAUUCUUAUUUAUUUUAAUUUUACAUUUUUUUUUAUACAGUUAGUUUAAGUUUUCUAGUCAGUAUGGCGGUUCCAGGGUUAUAUUGAUUACUUGAGUUGUUUGUACAUGAAAUUUUAUAAAUUUCUUAGUUUCACCAUUUAUCUAUCGUCUAUUGUUAGUCAAUGUUUUAAUUGAUAUCCACUUUAUGUAGUGAAUUUUUUAAUGUAUGCUACUCGUUUGACUUAAAAUAUAGUUCCAAGUGAA